AUUAAUAUAAAUGUUUCUUCUUAAUUGGUUUGGAGGUAAUAGCAAUUAGAGUGGUAAAAAUAAGAAAAAGAAGAAGAAGUAAAAUGUGGUUUAGAAUCUAAAUAAGACAUUAAUCAAUCCAAUGAAGGAAAUUAAAUUAUUUGGUCAUUCUAAAAUGGGAUAUGGUCCUAAAAAAACUGAAUGUUAAGAUUCUUAUUGUACAAUGGAGAGAUUUACUGAAGAUUGUUAUUUUUAUGCAGGUUAAUUAUUAAUAUCUAUAUUUAAGUAUAUGAUGGUCACGGUUCUUCUGGUAAGGAAGCAUCAUAAGCAGCAAAUGAUUAUAUUUAAACAUUUUUGGAGAAGAAUCCAAAGAGAAUUAAAGCAUUGUAGAAUGAUAAAUAAAGAGAGAGUUUUUUAAAGAGUGCUUUUAAGAAUGCAGAAGCAAAACUUAGAUCAUCUGGUAUAGAUUAUAGUAAUUCUGGGACAUGUGCAAUAUCUAUAUUUGUUGUUAAGAACAUGUGUUAUAUAGCAAAUUUAGGUGAUUCAAGAGCAGUACUAUUUAGAUAAACAGCAAAAGAGAAACUAGCGAUUGAAUUAUCAUAUGAUCAUAAACCAACUAGACCAGAUGAGAAGGAGAGAAUCAUUAGAUGUGGAGGUAAGAUUGAAAGAUUAAUACAUGAUGGUUAACCUGUUGGACCAUAUCGUAUUUGGGCAGAUGAUGAAGGACCAGGUAUAGCAAUGACUAGAACGUAUUAUAAUUCAAAUUUAAAUAAAGAUUGGGAGAUUUAUAAGCUAAGAAAAUUGGUUUGAUCUCUGAACCUGAAGUUCAACAUAUUGAAUUAACAAAGUAAGAUAAGUUCAUGGUUAUUGGAUCUGAUGGUGUAUGGGAUGUUAUGAGUAGUGCAGAAGUUUGUGGAUUUGUUUUGAAACAUGAACCAAAGGAAAGUGUUGCUGAAGCUUUAGUAAACUCUUUAAAUUUACAUUCUAGGUUACUGAAUGUAGAUCUAGAUGGGAUGAAAUGAAUAAAUAAAAGAAAACCAAUUCCAAAAUUGGAGAUUUACCAUAUCUUAAAUUUGGUUGUGAUGACAUUACUGCUGUUAUUGCUUAUUUCACAUUUAUUGAUGAAUUAGAAGACAACUAUUUCUAAUAAUAGAGAUAUUGA